AUGGAGGGUUGGCAGAUCCUCAUCCCCAAGCUUGCUUUCGAACAUGAAUUUCUCUUACAUGGCAUCUUUUCCAUCGCCGCGCUUCACAUGGCAGCCACCGCCACGGACCGAGAACAAGUUCUAACUUACCUAGACACCGCACUACAGUGCAAUAAUCUUGCCUUUGCCCCAUUUAGAGAAGCAUUGGCUCACCUGACCCCCGUCAACUGCGACGCCGCCUUUGCCCAGUCAGCGGUUGUCACUAUCAUUGGCAUAGCACUCCCUCGGCUGAAUGCUCAGCAUCGCGGUGAAUCCUGCAGCAUGAUCGAAACUAUGAUGGCAGUUUUUGAGCUGCUGCAGGGAGCAAGUAAGAUCUCACAAAUUAGCAAACCAUGGCGGAAGCCAAGCAUAUUCUUCAAAUACGACUGGAGAGAGAAUACGGUGCUGGAUCCAGACAUGGCCAAUGCUAUCGCACAAUUGCGAAUGCUGAAUAGCCUAAACGAGAAUACAGACCCGGCACAACAUCGCAUCAACCAGGAAGCUAUCGACUCCCUCCAAGACUCCUUCGCUAAAUUCACCCAUGCGCCGCAUCCCGCACCUAUCAUAGCUUGGCUCACCUACGCCAACAGGGAAUUUGUGGAUGGGUUGCGCACACGGCAGCCAUUCCAGUUGUUCAUCCUCAUGAAUUGGGCAGUUUUAUUAAAUGAAUUAGGGGCCCGCUUUUGGUGGGCUAAGGACUGCGGGAAGGCACUAGUCGCUGAGUUAUUGAGUGAGCUGAAGGACCAGAAUGAGAAGUGGGAAUCGGCAUUGCAGUGGCCGCAGCAAAUGGUAGGAAUAUAA